CAAACCACAAUCCAAUGAUAUACAAAUCUUUGAAAAAAUGAAUCCAAAUAUGAUCCUUAUUGAGGUCCUGAUUAUCGACUAAAAACCUGAAAAGAAUGUUACUACAAAAAUGUAAUUAGAGAAAAAUUCUAUUGUUCAAGAUAUAUUCACUUAGAUUAGUAAAAAGAAUAAUUAAGUAAAAUGUUAUAAACUAACUUAUAGAUUAAUUAAAUAAAUUAUAUCAUUCAAUUAAAUGAUGAUGACACUCUUAUAGAUCUUGAUUUAAGAAUGCCAGUAGUUUAAUUAUAGAAUAAAAAAAUUUAAAUAAAACAAAAGACUUGGGCAGAUUAGGCUGAACAAUAAUUUGUUAAUAGUUAAAGAAGAGACACUAUUACAAAGCACGACGACCACGCCGACGCUCCCUUAAAUCAUAUCCAAGCAUUUAAAUAUGAAAAGUUUACAGUGGUUAAAAUCAAUGAAAGAGGAAAAAGAUAAGAUAGAAUAUUAGGAAUUGAUCAAUUCAGAAUUUACAAUAUGAACAAAAAGGAAAAUUUAGGUAUCUUCUCAUUUAAGAUUUAUCUUAGGAUUGUUUGAGAGGAUUUUAAACAAUAAAAAUUCAGGUACAAAGUUCCCAUAGAGAUUGAUAGAAGAUAUAGUAGAUAUUAGGAUUGCUCAUCAAUUUUUAUACAUUACUUUUAAAUAAGAGAGUAUUUUAGUAAUUUAUUUAUUAGAUGACUACAAAGAAUUGAAAUUUGAUACUUUAGAUUCUAAAAUUGCCUAAAAAAUAUUUAAGAAGAUUAAUUUUAUCCGAGACUUUUAAAUAGCAACUUAAAAAUAUAGAGCUUCUAGUUAAAAAUAAGAUUGA